AACCUAAAAAAAGAGAAGAAAAAUAAAGCUCCCCGCUAGUUUCUCACUCGGAAAAAAAGAGAGCCCCCGCUAGUACUACUCUCUAACCUUACCCAGACCGCCGCAGGUCUUCAUCGUCUUCCUCGGAACGCCGCCGCCGAAGUGCGCCUCGAGUAAUUUCAGAGGAAGGAGGAGCCAAGUGUUGAUCGGAGAUGAAUGCCCCUGACCGCUAUGAGCGCUUCGUCGUGCCUGAGGGCACGAAGAAGGUAUCAUUUGAGAAGGAUACAAAGAUCAUGAAUGCUGCAUCUUUCACUAUUGAACGUGAGGACCACACCAUCGGGAACAUCCUCCGCAUGCAGCUGCACAGGGACCCAAAUGUUCACUUUGCUGGCUAUAAGCUCCCUCACCCCCUUCAGUACAAGAUCAUUGUUAGGAUCCAUACUGCAAGCCAAUCCUCCCCAACUCAGGCAUAUACCCAGGCAAUCAAUGAUCUAGACAAGGAGCUUGAGAACCUGAAGCAAGCUUUUGAGGAUGAGAAGACCCGAUUCGAGGAAAGGAUGAAGCAGGGCUACUAGGCCAAGGGUGUUCUGGAUGCUGACGUGAAACCUUCCUUGCUAGUAAUUAUAUCUGAUGUCUGAACUGCGGUAGAAAAAAAAUUACUCAAGGAUUGUCGAUGAUCCUCUGAACUCGUAGAACCUCUUCAUGUGCGGAUUGCGUAUGAUUGCACGGUUGUUAAACAUGUGUUGGCACUUGAUAAGCCUGCUAGUUGAAUUGCU